GAAUAUCAUAUUUUCAACAGAUGUAAAAGAAAUUAUUUGUGUAUAAAAUAAAACAAAAAAAUGUGUUCAUAACUGACCUACGAAUUCAACAAAAACAAAGACAUAAAAUGACAUUCAAUAAGUGAUCGAAAAAAUUCAAUAACAUAAAAAUUAAAACAAAAAAGGAAAAGUGACGCACGUUUCAGUUAAACAGAAGAAAUUGUGUGUGAUAGUAUAAAUCUUGUGAUAAUAAUAGUCAACAACAAUUGUAAAUAAAUAGAAUAAAUAAUCAUGGAUCAUCAUCACAAACGAAGCAGCAAACAUUACGAGAAACUUCCUUGGACAUUAAUUCCAAUGCAUCCUGUAGUCGAUGAUAAUGUCGCUGCUCCAGUCGACCCAUGCAUUCCUCAAAGGCCAUUCACAGAAUUAGAUUUUGAAGGUCAUCGUGCACAUACUGUCUAUGUCGGUGUUCAUGUACCAGCACGUCGCUCGCAUAGGAGACGUAAACAUAUGCCACCAAAGGAGAGUAGUGACAAAGGAUUACAUGAUUCUCAAGAAAGACCUGCCACUCCACCAGCGCAGCGUGUCCAAUUCAUUCUUGGUGAGGAUGUGAAUGGUGAAGAUGGUAUUGGAGUAGCCCCACCACUUGAAUCUCAUCCAUUAUUUUCCGAAAUGGAAGAGCUCGUGAAAGAUGGGGAUGAGAUUGAAUGGAAAGAAACAGCUCGAUGGGUGAAAUUUGAGGAAGAUGUAGAAGAAGGUGGAAAUCGUUGGUCAAAACCGCACGUUGCUACACUCUCAUUACAUUCCCUUUUCGAAUUGAGAAAUCUUAUAUUAACUGGCUCAGUAAUGCUUGAUAUGGAGGCAACAAGUUUAGAGCAAGUUGCUGAUCUGGUUACAGAAAAUAUGACAAAUAGUGGAAUUUUGCCAUUUGAUUCCAAAAUGAAAGUUAAAGAAGCUUUGCUAAGACGACAUCGCCAUCAACAUGAAAAAGAAAUGAAGAAAGGAGGUCCAUCAACUGUCAAUAUGAGUCGUCUUCCAAUAAUUCGUAGCUUGGCAGAUAUCGGAAAAAAUCACUCAUCUGCAAAAAUAAAAGAUGACCACUCACCAUUCGGUGUUACAACAACAACAUUUGUCGUACAUGCUGGAGGAAGUACAUCUCAAGAAAAUCAACCAGCAAAAGUGGAUGAACAUCACCAAAAUUCUAACAGUCCACCUGGAAGCAAUACCGCGUGUGGUUUGAAGCAUGGAAAUAAUGGUAGUGGCGCAAAUUUUUUAACGGUGCCAGGAAAAAAGUCAUUUGAUCAAGUUCCGAGCAUCAUUAGUCCAAGUAGUACUUCACAAAUGCUUCGCAACGUUAGCUCAAGUGACUUUCAAGGACUUGAUCAUCACCGUAUUAAUUUUAAUUUUAUGAGGAAAAUUCCACCGGGAGCAGAAGCAUCAAAUAUUUUAGUUGGCGAAGUCGACUUUCUUACAAAGACAUUAUCGGCAUUUAUCAGAUUAAAUCAAGCAACUGUAAUGGGAGACUUGACAGAAGUUCCAGUCCCCACAAGGUUUAUUUUUGUUUUGCUUGGACCCCCAGGCAGUCAGACAACAUUCCACGAAAUUGGACGCUCAAUGGCAACACUUAUGUCAGAUGAAGUAUUUCAUGAGGUUGCAUAUCGAGCAAGAAAACGCGAUCAUUUGAUUGCAGGUAUUGAUGAAUUCUUAGAUGCCGUAACUGUUCUUCCACCUGGAGAAUGGGAUCCAUCUAUUCGUAUUGAACCACCAGCUGCCAUUCCAUCUCAAGAAGUUCGAAAACGUCCACCUGAAAAACAACCUAAGAAAGAAGAACCGGAUGAAGAAGAAGAAGAACAGAGAAUACGAGAAGAAUCUGGUUUAUCACGUUCCGGAAGAUUAUUUGGUGGAUUAAUUAACGAUGUCAAACGUAAAAAGCCUUUUUAUUUGUCUGAUUUUAAGGAUGGUUGUAAUUUGCAGUCGGUGGCCUCAUGGAUCUUCCUUUAUUUCGCUUGUCUCUCUCCUAUUGUAACAUUUGGAGGUCUAUUAGCAGAAGCAACAGGCCAGAAUAUGGCUGCAAUGGAAUCACUCGUUUCUGGAUUUGUUUGUGGCAUUGUUUAUGGCUUCUUCUCUGGACAACCACUAACGAUAUUAGGAUCAACUGGUCCUGUCUUAGUAUUUGAAACAAUUGUUUAUGAGUUUUGUGCACUUGUCGAUUGGGACUACAUGGCAUUCAGAUUUUGGAUCGGUACAUGGGUUGCAGUUAUCUUGCUCAUUCUUGUUGCUAUAGAUGCAUCAGCAUUUGUAUGCUACAUAACUCGAUUUACAGAAGAAAAUUUCGCUACAUUGAUCGCAUUUAUUUUUAUUUAUAAGGCAAUUGAAAACACAUUUGCUAUUGCUGGAAAAGUCAACAAGGAAGGCUGUUUCUGUGAACUUCCACCGGGAUAUGAAGGAGAAAAAUUGCAACUUAUAUCUGAUUCCUCUGAGUUUAAUUUUACAUCAUGCGAAUUAAAAGGAAAAUUAAUUGGAGAUUGUUUCUCAACACCAUACGCAUCACCUAUAUUCCUAAUGUCUUUCCUUCUAUUCGCCUUUACGUUUAUCAUCUCAACAACAUUAAAAGACUUUAAAAAUCGUCUUUUCUUCCCCGCAAACGUUCGUCAAUUCAUCAGUGAUUUUUCAGUUAUAAUUGCAAUUUCAUCAAUGACACUUAUAGACUAUAUUACUAACAUUCCAACGCCAAAACUUCAAGUUCCACAUGAAUUUAAACCAACUUUAGAAGGUCGAGGUUGGAUUAUCUCACCAUACCAUGAAAGAAAUCCAUUUUACUCGUGCAUAAUUGCUGUUAUUCCUGCAUUACUUGGUACAAUUUUAAUAUUCAUGGAUCAACAAAUUACAGCUGUUAUCAUAAAUCGAAAAGAGAAUAAAUUAAAGAAAGGAUGUGGUUAUCACCUUGAUUUAUUUAUUCUUGCAAUCUUAAUUCAAAUAUGUACAAUAGUAGGAUGUCCAUGGUUUGUUGCCGCUACAGUAUUAAGUAUCACACAUGUUAACUCGUUGAAAUUAGAGUCUGAAACUGCAGCGCCGGGAGAAAAACCUCAAUUUUUGGGUGUACGUGAACAACGUGUUACACAUAUUAUGAUAUUUUUGACUAUCGGUUGCUCGGUUAAAUUGACACCACUCUUAUCUCACAUUCCAAUGCCUGUUCUCUUUGGUGUCUUCUUGUACAUGGGAGCGGCAUCACUCAAAGGUUUACAAUUUUACGAUCGAAUGCUUAUUGUAUUAAUGCCACAAAAAUAUCAACCAGAUUAUAUGUUUCUCCGUCAAGUACCUAUUAGUCGCGUCCAUUUAUUUACUAUUAUACAACUUACAUGUUUAGUAUGCUUAUGGGUCAUCAAAUCUUUCCAAGCAACUUCUAUUCUCUUCCCACUUAUGCUAGUCGUUAUGAUCGGAGUUCGUAAAUCACUUGAUUGCAUCUUCACGAGGCGUGAACUGAAAAUCUUAGAUGAUAUUAUGCCAGAAAUGGUGAGACAAUCUGGAGACGAUGACUUACAUCAUUUAGAAGACGGAAAUGGUGGCAAUGCCGAGCAAAAAAAUUCAAAACAGCAAAAACCGACAGUUCAGCUUACAUUUUCAAAUGGUUCGCUUACAAAUGUCAAUAUAUCUGAGGAACUAGGAAAAACCAGCAUAUGGCAACAAUUGACAAGAAGCAGCAAAGGAGAGAAUGAAUUAAAUUCUCAAUACUCUGAUAUAAUAAUUAAAACAGACAGCCCUCCUCACAGCGAAAAGCGAUUAUCAAUCAUGCGGGAAGAAGAUGAAAUCACAACAGACGAAAAACGCUCUUCAUCACUGAACAUUUCACAGGUUUAAGCACAACAACAAUCGAGUUAAUUUACAUUCAUCCCGCCGAUAUAUAAUUGCAUUUGAUGUAAAUAGAGCUGAAAUAUUUGGAUUAAUUUCAUUGACAUUCUUCAUUUGUAUCCCGGAUGUAAAUCCUAAUUGAGUUAUAACAAACAGUUUUUAGAAUUUUUUUAAAUCAUGACUAAUCUACACAAAAUACUAGCACAAUA